UUCAAGGAAGCUCUUUAAAAAUGGAUCACCUGGAUACGAGAUUGGAUUCCGAGACGAGCAAGUCGAAGUCUCUGAAAUUCGGCGUAGAGAGGAUUCUCUCCAGCGAGUUCACCUCGAAGAAGACAGAUCUCAUCAGAGUCCUCCCAGUGCAAUGCAAUUUCUCGUCGAUGUGUCCCUGUCCAGGGAAUUGCCCGCGAUGUGAGAUCUUCCGAACUGCACUUCCAGCAUCGCAGUCCCCAAUCUCGCCUGCAAUCCCCAUGGCCAACUUUAGCAUAACAGAAAGUUAUGGCAAUUUGUACAGGCCUGCCCCGAUUCGGCCAAUCGCAAGAGCGGCUCCACCGAGUACACAGACUGUAAUGAGCACACCCGAAAGUGGUGUACGUAGGAAAAGGUCGUGGUCGAGAGCCGUAUUUAGCUCCCUGCAGAGAAAAGGUCUUGAAAGGAGGUUUUCUCUACAGAAAUAUAUCACGAAACCUGACAGGCGUCAAUUGGCCGCCACCCUUGGGCUUACGGAUGCGCAGGUAAAGGUGUGGUUCCAAAAUCGACGAAUGAAGUGGCGACAUACCAAAGAAGGUGGGAACGUCACGCCUGCCGAUUCGACGCAGCGAGAUUUCCCUCGGAAAUCGGGAAAUGAUCCACCGGGAAAUCUGACGGAUGGACAACCUGAAGAAGAUCUGGAAAUAGAAGUGGACGUCUGAGAUUAAUUAGUUCACUCGAAUGGGAGAACUGAACAAUGCCGGACAUUAUAUAUCGAUGUAGCUAAAACAACCUCGAGUGCUCUUCUAAAAUUUACCUUGAUACCAGAUAUAAAUUAAAUAAUUACGAUUAAUGUGCAAUUGCGAAUGGGAGAAAUUAAUGUAGAUCGAGUAAGAUUCAAUGUAACCAUCUGAGAAUUAGAUUAAAAUGGUGAAACGAG